AUGCGCUUCUCUACCCUCGUCCCUUUGCUGCUUGCGGCCGGUGUUGCCAACGCCCAGUUUGGUGGUCAAGGCGGCGGUCAAGGCGGCGGUCAAGGCGGCGGUCAAGGCGGCGGUCAAGGCGGCGGUCAAGGCCAGAACAACGGCCAGAAUGGACAAAAUGGUGGUCAAGGCGGCAACAACGGUCAGAAUAACGGACAGAACAAUGGCCAGAACAACGGACAGAACGGAGGCAACAAUGGCCAGAACAAUGGUGGCAACAACGGCGGUAAUGGUGGUAACCUGGCCCUCAACGCUGAUGUCGUUCAAACCGCCAGUCAAUCCGACGGAUUUGAUCAGGGUCAGGAGGAUGGACAGGCCGCAUCUCUCACUGACCAAGCCAACUUCAUCAACUUCUGCCAGGGCAAGACCCUCACCAACGGUCUACAGGUCAAGGAGGGCUCCUGCAACGGCAUUGUCAUGGGAGAUAUCCCUGCUGUUGGUCAGAUGAUCUCUGCAGUCUUUACUAACCCCCAGAACGGAGACACCAAUAUUGCCGCGAACCAGAAGAUUGACUUCUCCGUGAAGAUCAACAACUUGGAGGCUGGAUCUUUUACAAACCCUGACAACACCUACUACGCUGCUCCACAGACGCUUCAGGGUGGUAAAGUUGUCGGUCAUACUCAUAUCUCCGUCCAGGACAUGGGCAACAAUGCCAACAACCCUCCCGACGCUCAGACCUUCGCUUUCUUCAAGGGUAUCAACGAUGCUGGCGAUGGUAACGGUCUUCUCACUGCUACGCUUGACGCUGGACUCCCCGCCGGCAACUACCGUGCCUGCUCUAUCACUUCUGCUAGCAACCAUCAGCCUGUAGUCAUGCCAGUCGCUCAGCGUGGUCCUCAGGAUGACUGUGUUAGAUUCACAGUCGGCGGUGGCGGCGGCGGCGGCAACAAUGGUGGUAACAACGGUCAGAACAAUGGCCAAAACAACGGCCAGAAUAACGGUCAACAAGGUGGCCAGCAAGGUGGCCAGCAGGGCGGACAGCAGGGCGGUCAACAAGGAGGACAGCAGGGUGGUCAGCAAGGAGGCCAAGGUGGCUUUGGCGGCUUCGGUCGUGGACGCGGACGUGGACGUGGACGCUUCGGCCGUCGCAGCUUCGCCACACGUGACUUCGUCGCCUAA